AUGAGUACACAUCCUAAAUCCUCUGAUAGGCCUGUAACGGCACCAUCAGCUGAUUUGGUAAACCUGGGAGCUCAACUGAGCGAAAUUUUGAAUAAAUUUAAUGAGCUAAGCAUGGAAAUGACGGCCCAAUGGCACGUAAUCGAUCAGUUAGUUGCUGGAAGUGGCAGCGGUACUCAACAUGAGCCCUUACCUACUAACCAAACUGAACCGCAACCAAUACUUUUACCUUAUACUCAAACCUCCGUUACUUCACGUGUCAUAAAUCCACCUGAAGAGGCCUUCACCUAUUCCACUCAUGGCCUACCACAUACCUAUGCACUCACUAUCCAAACAAAUCCUCCUCACCCUCAAAUUCCACAAAAUUAUCCACCUGUAAAUCUGAACAUGCCACUUGAACCUCAAGGACCCUAUUACUAUUCCACCGCUGAACCAUUCACGCUAGACACCGCUACCCAAGGAAAAAUUGAAGCUGGGGAAUCCUUCGUGCCAAUCGACAAGAAUCUGUUAAAAAGGUUGGAUCGACUGGAUGAAUUCAUGAGGAACAGCGAAGGCUUGAGUAAACAAGGAGGGUUGGAUUAUAACGAGUUGUGUUUGUUCCCCAAUAUGCAAUUGCUUGUGGGUUUUAAAGCACCCAAGUUUAGCAAAUAUGACGGAAGAGACAACCUUAAGACAUAUCUCCGAAUGUUUGCCAACAAAUUAGGAAAGCUAAUAGAUGAUGAGAAUUUGCCGGUUCGGUUGUUCCCUGAAAGCUUAGAAGGCGACGCACUCGAUUGGUACUCUAAUUUGAAGCCUGAUGAGAUGAGGACCUGGAUGAACUUGUCAACUGCGUUUGUGAGACAAUACGAGUAUAAUUACGAGCUUGCUCUGACGAGGACCACACUUGAAGGGACUAAAAGGAAGCUAUCUGAGGAUCACAAAACUUAUGCAAAGCGAUGGAGGAAAUUGGCUACCAAGGUGGAACUUCCUAUGACCGAGGAUGAAAUUGUUCGAACAUUUAUCAAAACUCAUGACCCGCCCUAUUUUGAGGAAAUUUUCCGCAUGACUGGAUGCUCGUUUGCAGAAAUUGUCAACAAAUUGGAGGAAUAUGAUGAAUUUGUAAGAGCGGGAAAGAUUGUUAAUGUGUCAGCUCUAAAAUCGCAAUUAGAAGCCUUGCAAAAUCCAAGCAGUAGUAGCAAGAUGCCUCAGUUCAAAAAGAAAGAUGGGGAAGUCGCAUUAGUCUGGGACCAAGGCUUUUCUUCCCGACCUAGAUUUCAGCAAUACCCCACAUAUUCAUCUCACUACCCAAACCCAGGCCUUGUUUACUAUAUUACUGUCAAUCACCCUCGCUCUUGGCCAAACUAUGCAAGCCCACCUACAAUACCCUUCCCAAUAUCUCAAACCAACCCUCAAAUUCAACCUCGUCUACCUUAUAACCCUAAACCUGUUCCACCAAACAAACAGACCUACAACCAUCCUCAAACCAAUAAAAUACAAAACCUCGACCGAUCUCAAACUUUUACCAACUUAGGCAGGCCUAUUGGCCAACUGUAUGAACAGCUCAAGGCCACCGGUAAAAUUGAUGACAUACCUCCUCCAAAAUACCCUCGUCGAGGUUUCUCUGCUGGGUACGACCCUCAAGCCGCUUGUGCCUACCAUUCUGGAGCGCCUGGUCACUCGACCGAUAACUGUUGGGUACUAAAGCAUAAGAUCCAGGACAUGAUCGAAGCAGGAGAUAUAGUGUUAAGGAAAAGGGAAGAACAAGGACCGAGUACAAGUACGAAUCCUUCUCCUGAACACAAGGACACCAUCACGGCAUUUACCCCCAAUGAAAAAAUUUGA